AUGCGAACCAUAUUUCAGGUUGUUGGAACACUCUUCACGCAUCAUCAAAAAUGUGUAAUAGUUGAUACUCAAGGACAGGGAAACCAUAGAAAGAUAACCGCAUUUAUAGGUGGUCUGGAUCUUUGUGAUGGGCGUUAUGAUACACCUGAGCACAGGAUUGUCCGAGAUCUUGACACUGUUUUUCAGAAUGAUCAUCAUAAUCCUACAUUUUCUGCAGGAGUCAAGUGUCCAAGGCAAGCAUGGCAUGACUUACAUUGCAAAAUUGAGGGUCCUGCUGUGUAUGAUAUACUCACUAAUUUUGAGCAGCGCUGGAGAAAAGCCGCUAGAUGGUCUGAGUUGGGUAAAAAAAUCAAGAGAGUAUCGUAUUGGCAAGAUGAUUCUCUCAUCAAGUUGGAACGCAUUUCUUGGAUUCUCAGUCCUUCUGAGUCAGUUCCAAAUGAUCAUCCUGACUUGUGGGUUUCCAAGGAAGAUGACCCCCAAAAUUGGAACGUUCAGGUUUUUCGAUCUAUUGACUCUGGCUCAGUGAAAGGGUUUCCUAAGGAUGUACUCGAAGCUGAGAAUCAGAACCUCGUUUGUGCAAAAAAUUUGGUGAUUGACAAGAGUAUUCAGACAGCAUACAUACAUGCGAUAAGAUCUGCACAACAUUUUAUUUAUAUCGAGAAUCAAUAUUUCAUCGGAUCAUCCUUUGCAUGGCCAUCCUACAAAGAAGCAGGUGCUGAUAACCUAAUUCCUAUGGAGUUAGCACUGAAGAUAGUUAGUAAGAUUAGAUCCAAGGAGAGGUUUACAGUUUAUAUUGUCAUCCCAAUGUUUCCUGAAGGUGUCCCUUCUUCGGUGGCAAUGCAAGAGAUUCUGUUUUGGCAGAGACAAACUAUGCAGAUGAUGUAUGACAUCAUAGCUCGGGAGUUAAAAGCUGCAAACCUUGAAAACAGCCAUCCACAAGACUACCUAAACUUUUACUGUCUCGGAAACAGGGAGAAUUUAACUGAAGUUCCAAACUCAAAUGCUUCUGUGAUUUCAAAUAGUAGCGAAACGGUUGCAUCUUCCAAGUACAACCGUUUUAUGGUUUAUGUACAUGCAAAAGGAAUGGUUGUGGAUGAUGAAUAUGUUAUACUCGGAUCGGCCAACAUUAAUCAACGAUCAAUGGCUGGAUCGAGAGAUACAGAGAUCGCAAUGGGUGCAUAUCAACCCCAUCAUACAUGGGCUAAGAAACAGAGGCAUCCACAUGGUCAUGUAUAUGGGUACAGAAUGUCUUUAUGGGCGGAACACAUGGGUUACAUCGAUGAAUGCUUCAAGGAGCCUGAAACUUUGGAAUGCGUCCAAAUUGUGAACAAGAUUGCUGAAGAGAACUGGAAUAAGUAUACAGCUGAUUCUUUUGCACCAAUGCAAGGGCACCUAAUGAAAUAUCCUGUAAGAGUAGAUGCAAAUGGCAAGGUCAGCUGCUUACCCGGUUUUGAGACUUUCCCAGAUGUUGGUGGCAAAGUACUUGGCUCACGCUCAACCCUUCCCUCUGCUCUAACAACAUAGCCAUGACCAACCACUAUUAAGGGAAUUUUGUACCAUAUACCUUGUAUAGUCUACGUAAAUAGGCUGCGCUUUGUGAUUACUAAGCAGUUUUCGCUGCCUCAUUGUUUGUACAAUCAGCCACUUAAUCAAAAAUCAAACCACCAGUCCUGUAGGCUAUACAUACCAAUGACGGCGUUCAAUAUAACUUUACUAGUGCUAAUUUUGCAUAUCCGUUGGAGAAAAAGCGAAA